UAAAUAGUGCUCCAAAUAUCCCUAUUUUUCCAUCUCAACUUUACUUAUAAUUUGUUAGCAGUACAUCUAUAUCCUCUCACAAUUAGAAUUCACUUUCUUUGCUUAAUUAAGUCCAACCAUGGAGUUGAAGUUUCUUCACAUCCUUACAUAUCUUUCAUUGGCACUAGUGGCAAGUCAUGCAGCUCUUCCUGUUACAUAUUGGACUACUAAGCUGCCUAAUACUCCCAUGCCAAAGGCAAUCAAAGAAUCUCUCCAGCCUUCUGGAUUAACAGAAGACAAAAGCACUUCAGUAAAUGUAGGCAAAGGUGGAGUAAACGUCGGAGUCAACAAGGGUCACCCUUCCGGCGGAACAAACGUUAACGUUGGAGGCCAUAAAGGCGGCGUUAACGUAGACACUCCAGGUGGGACCCACGUAGGCGUUGGUAAAGGAGGAGUUGGCGUCACAACCCCCGGCCACCACGGAAAACCACCAGUCUCCGUGGGUGUCCACCCUGGACCGUCACCGUUUAUUUACAAUUACGCGGCGAAAGACGAUCAACUUAACGAUAACCCUAACGUGGCAUUAUUUUUCCUGGAAAAAGAUUUGCAUCAAGGAAGUAACAUGAACUUGCAGUUUGUGAAAAAUGCUAAUGGAGCUUCUUUUUUGCCUCGUGAAGAGGCGGAUUCGAUUCCGUUUAGCUCAGAGAAGAUGCCGGAAAUUCUUAAUCAGUUUUCAGUUGAUCCGGAUAGUGAAGAGGGUCAGAUUAUGAAGCAGACUGUACAAGAAUGUGAAGAGCCAGGUAUUAAAGGAGAAGAGAAGUAUUGUGCAACUUCAUUAGAAUCCAUGGUUGAUUUCACCACAUCAAAGUUAGGAAAGAAAGUGCAACCAUUAUCAACAGAGACACAAAAUGAAAACACACAAAUGCAAAAAUACACAAUCCUAGGAGCCAAGAAAAUGGGAAACAAUAAUGACAAAUCAGUAGUUUGUCACAAACAAAACUAUGCCUAUGCAGUAUUCUAUUGUCACAAAACAGAAACAACAGAGUCUUACAUGGUAUCAUUAGUUGGUGCUGAUGGAACAAAAGUUAAGGCUGUAGCUGUUUGUCACAAAGACACAUCACAAUGGAACCCAAAACAUUUGGCUUUCAAAGUUCUUAAGGUUACACCUGGAUCUGUCCCUGUUUGUCAUUUCCUUCCACAAGAUCACAUUGUUUGGGUCCCUAAGAACUAGAAUAUCAUAUUAUUAGAUGACAUAUGUUUAAUUGUCUUCUAAAUAUUUGGGUUGUUAAUUUUAUGUAUUAUGUAAUAAUACAAAGUAUGUUGUGCUUGUUAUACUUUUGUCUUGUUGUAUAAUCAUACUUUACUAUACAAAUAAUAAAUAAUAUAUGUUUCACAUUUA